CAAUCGGCCCGUCCACAGGUACACACUGCUUUUUUUAACAACUUCUUCUCCACUCGAGUUAACAUUAAUUAAUCGACUUAAAAAUAAGAAAGUUCUUCUUCUCUCAGUAAAACAAAUAUAGCAUAAUAAAAAAGAUAAUUGUAGCAUUAUUUAUCAUUUUUACGAAAAAAAUCUGGUCCAUUUUAAUUCAAUUGAAGUCUGUUUAGCUAGUUUCAAACUUUUCAAACUUUUGACUUGAAAGAAAGUAAAUUAAAUAACUUAAUUAGUAAUUUAAUUAAUUAGAUUGUUUACCCACUGGAUGGAGGAAUAUAACGAAUUAUAAAGCAGUAAUUACAUUAAUAGUCCAAUUAGUUAGUUAAUCUGUAACGAAAGAAAGUGUGCAGGGAGGAAAUUUUUAGGAAACUUUGUAACUUUUGCCAUCAUCAAGAGCAGUUAAUUAACUAAUUGACAUGACCGCGACAAGAUAAUCACUCGGAUGGAUGGGAGGCUCCGUUCUGCGACUAAUUGGAUAAGUUCGCCACGGUCAAAUCGUCCCCCAAGGAGAUCAUCUCAUUAUUAGUCAUCCUUGACACGGACAGUUCAAUAAACUACGAAAAAUGACUCGGCUGGAUCGACUCUUCGUCCUGCUCGAGUCCGGGUCGACGCCGGGGACGCGGAAAGCCGCGGCGACACAGUUGGGCGAAGUUCAGCGCCUCCACCCGCACGAGCUGCCCUUCAUCCUCUCCAGAGUUCAUAAAUGUUUGCGGUCGACGUCCUGGGAGACGAGGGUGGCGGCGGGGCUGGCCGUGGAGGCGAUUUUGUCGAAAGUUCCGGCCUGGAAUCCACUUCCGGCGCAGCAAUUGAAACAGGAGGUUAAAGAGGAACAAAUUGACGAUGACGAUUCCAACCUGGUCAUUAGCAUCGACCCAGACGAAGAAGGACAAGAUUCAGUCGAUAAAGGGAAGAAUUUGACCCCCACAACAACGAGUUCAGUACCAACGAGCGGAAACAAACAGCGUUUAUCGUUUCAAAGUUUCGAUCUGGAUUUGCUCACCUCGACAGCGUCAAAUUUCCUGAUGGCGUCAGACACCAAGGUGUUCGAAAACAGUGGUGGUGGUAACUCUAGUUCUUCUCAGUCAGGAGCGAGAAGGGAUCAGAGCAACAGUCAAGAUCCGGCUAGUCAGAGGGCUGCUAUUAAUAAGAGGCUGGGACUCGACGUAGCGGAAAAGAUGGGAAUCGACACAUCCGACAUCGUCUCUAACGAAGACCUCAUUUCCGAACAGGAUGAACCGCUCGAAACCUCCCAGCCAUCCACGUCCACCACUAAAGAAAACCCAUCCUCCGUUUCCCUUCCCCUGUUCGAUCCAAAUCUCGAAGAGCAACUGAGCCUAUCCUCGCGCGAACUUAAUCUCGCUAAGAGACGCGCCAGGAAACAGAAGAUGCGCGAAUCCGCCGCGGCACAGUCGUCAAUGGACGAUUCGCAACAGUCUGGAACAUCCUCGUCCUCGCAAUACGUUGGUGGUGCUGAAGGGAGCAAUAAACGGUUGAAGAGGGAAGACUCCAUGCUGGACUUUAGUGCGGAAGCGUGGUCAAUUUAUUCCGUGGGAGAAGGCCAGUGGCCACUCUCGGCGUGGGUUGACAUCCUUAUCAACGAUAUGUUCAGUCCGAGUUGGGAGGUUCGACAUGGCGCUGCCACCGCGUUACGGGAAGUUGUCAAACUCCACGGGAAUGGAGGUGGGAGAGAGCCUUGGAUGAGUAAGGGCGAGUCUGACCUAGCUCACACGACUUGGAUUGAGGAUCUCGCCCUGCGUCUCGUCUCCGUCUUGGCGUUAGAUCGUUUCGGUGACUUUGUAAGUGACCAAGUCGUCGCUCCCGUUCGAGAAACGUGUUCCCAAUGCCUCGGCGCCGUGGUGGGGUUGAUGGGUGAGGAUGGUGUCGUGGGCGUGAUCCACAUCCUGGUCAAGCUCCUGUACCAGUCCUCCUGGGAGGUCAGACACGGGGCUCUCCUCGGACUCAAGUAUAUCUUCGCUGUGCGGCGGGACCUGAUCUCAACCCUGCUCCCGCUCGCUUUUCCCGCCAUAUUCGCCUGCCUUUCGGACAAGGUUGACGACGUGUCUGCCGUCGCGGCGUCGUCGUUAAUUCCUGUGUCGGACCUGCUCGUGGAGACGCUUCCGCUCGAGACGCCCGCCGUGGUUAGCGUGCUUUGGGACUCGCUCGCCGACUUGGAUGACCUCUCCUCCGCGUGUAACUCGAUUAUGGGCCUGCUCGCCACACUCCUCACAUUCCCGAAGGCUCGGAGCACGCUGAGAGAGCUUGACAUCCUGAUUCCGCGUCUCUGGCCAUUCCUUCACCACACGUCCUCCUCCGUGCGGAAAUCUGCCCUGCUCACUCUCCAAAAGUUGACAGAACUUGACCCUUCCGUCGCCCCGAUGAGCGUUGGGCCUUUAAAGGAAACCUUGCGCCACACGUACCAACGUGCCCUCGUAGAACACGUGCAGGAUGUUCAGAACCUCAUCCCACAAGUCUGGUCGGAUCUACUGAAGUCGAGCAAACUAGAGAAUCUGUUGUUGUCGGCGUGUCCCUAUUUUGGCACUUGGCUCGCCCUGGCCAUGCAACCAGCUAGGUUUCCCAUCGACCCGUUCUGCCUCCUUUCCGCUUCACAGGGACAGGGUGCGAGACGGAAAUCGACGAACAAUAAGGACCACGUGAAUGCGCCACCAGAGGAGGAAAUUUCCACCCCCAUCACGGAGAAGGUUUUCAUGGGGGGUUCUGCCGACGGAGAUCCCACCACCGUUGCAGCGGCGAGAUUACGACUUACGAAAAUGUUGGGCGAAUUAGCUUCGUAUAUCGUCCAACCCAUUCCAAAUGGCCAUUCGAGCGAAGAACCGAUCGAGCUGUUCGUCCGGGUUUUAAUGGUUCAUUUAAACUCGCGUUCCGCCCUGCAACGCACCACGACCUCUUUCGUCAUAUCCGCUUGGCCGGAAUCUAGUCCGCACGGAUCUGGUCACGAUAAUGGACACGCCAUCACUUCAAAUUCCACUCAUCCCAGUAGUACAAACGGAUCUGUGAACAAUUGCUCAAUCGGGACAAAUAAUUCUAGUUUAAAGAACACUGCCAACUCCGUUGCGACGAAUAAACGAAAAAGCCAUCCCGGGUUAUCCGCCCGUUUGACGGAAUGCCUCUCGGAGAACGUCUACUUUGACGAGGUGGCCGGCGGGCUGACAAAACUGCAGAGCGAGUGUCGUGACUUUGUCGCCACAUUGAAACACUACAAAGUUCCGCUUCCUCCAGACAUCCAGGCCGUGACGGGUUCGCCGCCUCUCUUCUCCCUGGCGCAGAUUGAGACGUUGGGCGGAAGCGGGAUGAUGGAAUUGAUUCAGAAGAACUUGAAAAAACCAAAGAUUGCCGACACUCUGCUCGAGAGGAGAAAAACGAUUUGGAAUUUGUGGAACGCGACAACAACAGAGUUUACCGCGUUGACGAUUAUGACGCUUGCCGCCGUCUCUUCCGCUGUCGUAACGCUAGGUCCGUCCCGCCUUCCUGAAAAGUUGAACCCUGUCGUGAAGCCGUUGAUGGAGUCGAUUCGUCGCGAAGAAAACAUUCUGUUUCAAAAGAGUGCGGCUGACCAUCUCUGCAUCCUCAUGGACCUCGCGCUUGCCCGCGAACCUUCCCCCAACCCCAAAAUCAUUGCCAACCUGGUCACCUACCUCUGCUCAGAUAAUGGCGAAACCGGCCUCGAGUGCUCGUCACGCUGUAAGGAUGAGAGUUCAGGUGGUCGUGCUGGGGACGAGGUGGGGGGUGGAAUCUUGUCCCUCAGUUCACUCACGUUGCCAGAAAUUGGAAAAAAGUUGACGAAACAGGAAGAACUUGCCGAACUCGAGUCUAAUAAAAGCUGUCGAAUUCAAAAACGUGGCGCGACCUUUGCCCUGACCUCAAUCGUGGCUUACUUUGGAGCCGACCUACCCACAAAAAUACCCCGUUUGUGGGAACUCACUUUCGGCGUGUUGGAAUCCGAAUCGGAUUUGUCAGAGUCAAAAAACCCAACGGAAUCUGGACAAAAUGUGAUUAAUGCGCUUCUCGUGCUGGAAAUAAUUUCGAGCUCAUUUCAUAAAAAGUUGUAUCCGACGCUCGUAGCCCAAAUUGAUAAACUCUGUUCCCUCUUGAGCCACCCGGACCGGGCGAUUCGCCACAUGGCGUCACGCACCUUGGCAGAGUGGGCGUCUCUCAUGUCGGACAAAGUGAUGCCGGUCUUGGCUCGUGACGUGUUGCCUCAGUUGGAAACGAGUGGGAACGAUUUAGCGCGACAAGGCGCGUUGGAAGCGGUCUGGUGCAUCGUUGACAAGUUGGGGCUGAACUUGCUUCCGUACAUCGUACUUCUCGUCGUCCCUGUGCUAGGUCGAAUGUCUGAUCAGCAAGAAUCCGUCCGGAUGUUGGCCUCGCUCACGUUUGCCACGCUGGUCCGCUUGAUGCCGUUGGAGGGAAGCGUCCCCGAUCCGCCCAACCUGCCGGCCGACCUCACCCUGCAGAAGGGUGAACAGCGCGCCUUUCUCGAACAGCUCCUCAACCCUGCAAAAAUCCCCAAGUAUGAGAUCACCGUUCCCAUCAAUGCCGAACUUCGCCCUUAUCAACAGGCCGGCGUGAACUGGCUCGGAUUCCUGAAUAAGUUUAAACUCCACGGAAUCCUAUGUGACGACAUGGGUUUGGGAAAAACCCUGCAAAGUAUUUGCAUCCUUGGGAGUGAUCACAAAUACUGGGAGGAGCGAUAUGAGGCGGACCCCUGCCCCCAAAACGUGCCACCUCCCUCCAUCGUGAUUUGCCCACCCACUCUGACAGGCCACUGGGUUUACGAGGUUGAUAAAUUUAUUGGGUCGGAGUACCUGAACCCGCUCCACUACCACGGCCCACCCACCGAGAGGAACAAAUUAAAACCAAAAGUCAAAACCCACAACUUGGUCGUGGCGUCGUACGACAUUGUGAGGAACGAUAUCGACUUUUUCUCCUCGAUCCACUGGAACUACUGCAUCCUGGACGAGGGUCACAUCAUAAAAAAUGGAAAGACCAAGAUUUCCCGCGCCAUUAAACAGCUCCCUUCCCGUCACCGCCUCAUCCUCUCGGGCACACCCAUCCAAAACAACGUCCUCGAACUCUGGUCCCUCUUCGACUUUCUGAUGCCCGGCUUCCUCGGAACGGAGAAACAGUUCAGCUCCCGUUUCGGGAGACCAAUCCUGGUCGCGCGGGAUGCCAAAAGUUCUCCAAAAGAUCAGGAAGCAGGUGCCCUCGCGAUGGAGGCGCUACAUCGACAAGCGCUCCCUUUCCUCCUCCGCCGCUUGAAGGAGGACGUUCUCAAAGAUUUACCUCCCAAGAUCACGCAGGAUUAUUACUGCGAACUGAGCCCGAUCCAGGAGCAAUUGUAUGAGGACUUUGCGAGAACAAGGGCCCACCAGAGUUUGAGGGAUACGUUUCAAGAAAACGACCCGUCCAAACAUUCGCAUAUUUUUCAAGCUCUACAAUACCUGCGUAAAGUUUGCAACCAUCCUAAGCUCGUUUUGACGCUGCAGCAUCCUAAAUUUUCUUCCGUGAUGAGUUCCCUCGCCGCUAGUAAAACGACGCUGAACGAUAUUCAACACAGCGCCAAACUACCAGCUCUGAAACAACUCUUGCUCGACUGUGGGAUCGGGGUGGUAAAUCCGGAUGGUGGUUCGAACAAUUCCGUGGACAAUUUGCCCGUCGUAGGACAACAUAGAGCUUUAAUAUUCUGCCAGUUAAAAGUCAUGUUGGACAUUUUGGAGCACGAUUUGUUCAAAAUCCACAUGCCAUCCGUGACAUACCUCCGUUUGGACGGGUCAGUUCCGGCAGGACAGCGGCACUCUCUCGUCACUCGGUUUAACAACGAUCCCUCCAUCGACGUCCUCCUCCUAACGACACAAGUCGGCGGGCUUGGGCUCAACUUGACUGGCGCGGACACUGUCAUAUUCGUGGAGCAUGAUUGGAAUCCAAUGAGAGACUUGCAAGCUAUGGAUCGUGCCCAUCGCAUCGGGCAGAAGAAAGUCGUCAACGUUUACAGACUUAUCACGAGAGGGACGUUGGAAGAGAAAAUUAUGGGCCUCCAAAAAUUCAAACUGAUGACGGCCAACACCGUAAUCAGUCAGGAGAAUUCGGCCAUCGAGACGAUGGCGACGGAUCAGCUGUUGGACUUGUUCGUGCUGGAAGACGCGUCGAAAAAGGAGGACGAACGGGCCCACAAGCGAGAAGACGUUGGCGGCAUUGUCGGCGCGUAUAAGAACGUUCUCGAGAACAUGCCGGAACUCUGGGAGGACAAAUUGUACGAGGAAGAGUACGACUUGUCCAGUUUUAUUAAGAAUUUGGCCAAAUAAUUAAUUAGUUAUGUAGAUGUAAAUAGAUCAUAGUUAGUUAAUCGGCGAAGGAAAAGUUACCCUUGAGAUAAUUAAUUAUCCAUGACUCGAAUUAAACGAAUACCGGUCCAAUUAAGAAUAACACUUAAUUAUUUUGAUAGUUGGGUUAAGAUUUAAUUGUGAGAUUUGUGUUUUGUUUAGUUUUUCGUAAAAUUAUGUAAAAUAUUACCGAAAAAUACGUAGGGAUUAGUAAGAAACUUUCAUAAUUAAUUGUAGUUAAUGUUAUAUAAUUGCCAAGUUAAUUAUUAUUGUUAAAAGAUAAUUAUCCAGGUCAGGUUUUAUAAAAAGUUACCCCUCAUAAAUAAAUUCGUCGUAUUUAAGUAUAAAGUUGAUUAUUAUGCAUAAUCACGGUCUGUUAGUUAUUAUGAUUUUGUAAUUUUUGCAUGAAAAUAAUUUCAUAAUGCACAUCUAACAAUUCAAUAAGUUUAGUGUUAAUUAAUUGUUAAAAUAAGUGUUUAUAAAAAAAUAUGAAAUUGCAUUGUUACGGAUUUUGUUUUGUAACGGAUUAUUUCCGAACUGUGAUGAUUCCUCAUAAAUUCAGGACUGAGUAUUUCAUAAAAUUGAAUAAUAAAUUAUGAUGACGUUGAUUUUAUA